UACUCUUUUACCCACUAAUUCCCGCCUCAUUCCUUCUUCCAUCCAUCCAUCCCUCAACACCCCUUCCUCCCCAUUGACAUCAUUGACUUACUCAGUCGCCACCACCUGCACUCGUCCGUCGUCCUCGUCGUUGUUGUUGCUGUCGUUGUUUUCGCCCUGAAUUAGCCAUGGCACAGAAUGGGGACCUUGACUUGACCGGAGACACCGCCCCUGCUGCCAAUACUACCACCACUACUACUACUACCGCCACUACUGCUACUGUUGCUGCUGCGGCUGCUACCCCAUUACCAGGCGUCACCAAUGGAGGUGUUCAGCACAGUGUUCAGGAAUCCGCUUCCGCCAAAGCGGGGCCCGGACCAGCAGCCGUAGGGACGGGCCAUCGUCCUGCCCUCAACGACUGGAAGUUCCCAUCCACACCUCGCGUCGCCACUCCUGCGCCAUUCGAACACCCAUCCAACCAGCUGGAUGAACAGCACUUGGCGGGCGCCUCAUCGCCCGCCAUAGGGCAGCUGCACCAGUUUCAACACCAACAACCCGCAACCAUGGACUAUUUCAAUCAUCCAACAUCUUCCUAUGUCCAAACAACCCAACAACAGCAACAGCAACAGCAACCGCAACCGCCAUAUUCCUCCAGCAACAGUCAGUUCAGAGACGGGCCACAGACACCUCGGUCGCCAUACUCCUUUGCAGGAUCCUUGGACGGCAUGUACGCGGAACAGCAGCAAUCCGGUCCUUCGCAGGAGAUUCAUAUCCAGCUGCAGAACGGCGGACAGGUACAAGGCAUGCGGCGGAGCAGUCAUAGCCACAGCCAAAGUCAGGAGAGUGUCGGAGCCCCGAUCGACCAUCCAGGGAUGUUACACCACCUGCCAUUGCAUCGGCAUCAACUGCAGCACGACGUUGCUCAACCAGGACAUGCUCCCCUCCCCAAUGCCUCUUUACUGCCGCAGCUACAACCACAGGGACUGGCACUCUCGCCGCACCAGAUGCAGACCCCGUCCGAGUUUGCACUCAAGAUGCUGUUCACUCAAUUUGUCAAGAUGGCUGAAGCAAAGCUAAACGCCAUGGUUCACCUGCCAUUGCAAGACACAGAACCCGAUAUCUUGUCGCCUCUCAAGCAUGGAGUCGACCCAAAGUUUGACAAAUUACUGGAAUCACUUGGAUCCGUUGCUCGGCAUCGACCGAAACCCGUCAUCGACUGCGUUAUGCUCUGGCGCAAGGGAAAAAUUGAAUCGUCGGACGAUCCGUCCAUAAAGACAACAUCAGGCGACUGGUCAGCCAACUUCAAGUUUCGGGACCCAAAGAGUGUAAUCAAGGAGCGGAAAUCGGUCGUCUCGUUAUUCAUCAUGUCGCGGUCGCUCAUUGAGAUUGUACGACAGGUUCAAAAGGACAGCCUGCCGGAUGAGCUGGGUUCUCGACUGGAGGAAACUGUCUUUAAUCAAUUGGAGAACGUGGAUCCCGAAUUUAUCCAGAGAUCCUCGAAUCGUACAGCGAAUAUGAACGUGUUGGUCGAGCUCAUGGGGUCUCUUUCCAACGUCCGCUUUGCAACAGUCAGCGACCGCUUUAUCGCCGAGCUGGAAAAGUACAAAACUGGAGCGCCUGUCAAGGACAAGGAAAGAGAGCAGCGCAUGGAGAUGCUCAUUCGCGGAAUGCGAUACUUGAAUCUGAAGCUGUAUCCCAUGGACUGUCUUGAAGAGACAGCGGAUUUUCUGCAGAGUUGUGCUGGAUUUUUCAAGAUGGCAAGGGGAAUCAGGAUAAAGCACGCGUAUGCCGAGCUCUUUGUUCAGCUUUUGACCCCAGUCGCAAAGGUGGCGUUGGCGGAGGUCAACCAUCCAAACUGGUCUAAAACCGUGGAACUUAUAUACCCAAAGGCUCGUAAGAUGACCAACAAACCGAGGCACGUCCAAGUCGCCCUCCCACUUGUUACUAUGCUACUGUGCGUCAGCAAGAAGGAUUUUUUCCUCAAGCAUUGGCUCUCAGUGUUCGACUCUUGCCGCGAAAAGUUCAAGGAUAAGACUAUACGUCCGAUCGCUCUAAACUGCAUCUCACAACUGCUCUGGGUAUUCUUGUAUCGUUGCUCGGAUGGAACAGGCAGUACAUUCCGAACUCUCGAUACAAUUGUCAAGGCUUUGUAUCCAUCCAACAGGAAAUCGUCCGGCAUGGUGGAUGGAACACUGGGACAUUUUAUCCGCAUCGUUCAUUUUAUCGGAGCACGACAUGCCGAUUACGCCACUCGCUCAAUCAUCUUUCAGCUGCUGAACCUGGAGAAUCUUUCGAAUGUCAUCUUUACAAAUUUGACUAUGGAUAUGAUUUCGCCAGAGCGCAUGACAAUCGCUGUGCGGUCGUUCAUGUUGAUUCUAGCAGAUCUCGACAAAGGAAAUAGUCGACCGCCGUUUCCGACCGCUGGAGAUGCCGUCAAUGUCAUCUCGGACUCACCAACGUCAUCCGAUAUUCUCGAUCCAAGUGUAAUCAACCGCGCAGGAAUGAGGGACACCUAUGAUCAGAUGACUGCUGUCCUCGGAAAGAUCGCUAUCGUUUGCGAUCGUAAUUACGGCCACACUUUGAUCCUCGACGAGAAAUAUACAACAGCGAGGAGCAUGUUUUCGGCGGCGGCUAUUAUGGCAACAGCUACAGGCGAUGGUGGGGCAUCAGUUGUUCACCAAUAUUCGACUUUUGCAGUGUCGUACUCAAAGGAGAAGCAGGUCUACUUUGACCUCAUGACCGCAUGGGUGUCAUGUCUACCGCGUUGUAUGCCAUCUGGUAUCCCAUUGUUGAAGCUCGUCGAAAUGCUGUCACGAUAUACUGCACACGUGGAUCCAGAACUUCGCAAAGCAUCUGCAGCAGCUCUCGUCCGUAUUGCCACGCAAUGCAAUUCUCAAGUGGCAGUGGCAGGAUAUUCGGCCUUUGUUUGUACGGUAGAGGACCGUCUUUCGGAGCUACUGGCUGGCCUGAGUAUACCUGGGUCGGGAAUGCCAGCCGAAAAUGGACUCUUGGCAAUCUACAUCCGCAUUCUCGAGGCAUGGAUUGAAAACACGGACGGCAAGAAACAGCAGGAAGGGGAGGGCAGUAAAGACGAAGAGGGCCAGGCAUCUUCAGGAGGUCUCACCAGUCCGGUUACAUCUAUAGAAGGAAGUCGGUCGUUCUCUUCGCCUUAUGUCCCUGAGGUGAAUUUGGUUACUCAGCUGCAGACGACAGAGGAAAAUGGAUUAUUAUUCCUUUGCAACCAAUCGCCUGUUAUCCGCCGAUACGCCAUUUCGAUUCUGAAGCUUGCAACAUCCUUCGACCGUCCUGAAAUACAAAUCACUGGACCUGGGGGCGAGAUCAAGGAGGGCGUCAUGCCAGCGAGCGUUUCAGUCAGGCCACGCCUGGAGGUCACCAGGAUCUAUCAUCUACUGCAGAAUGCUGUUCAGGAACUGCUUCAAGUCGACGAAUACGGGAAUGCGCAUAAGGAUUGUCCACUGGCGCUGCACGAGUUAAUCCGACUGCAGAUUCACCACCAGAAGGGCUCGAGCGAGGUCUUUUCACUGCUUGCUGCGAGCGAGCACGUCGUGGAUGUCGGGAUCUGGCGUUUCUGUUUUCCGUUGUUGAUCACAAAGAUAUUCCAGCACUUCCCCGGACUCUGUGAACCUUGUUUGGAUACCGUGAGCAGGCGUCUGAUGCAGCUAUACCCGGCCAUUGUCACUACAACGGAUCUAGCCCUCAACAGCACCCUGGCCUCCAAAUUCUCUAUCAAAAACACGCAGGUGGCGACGGAUGAGAUGGUGGAGCAAUGGCGCACUUAUCUCAUCUAUGUGUGUUCAACUAUGACCCGACACGAGCACCAAUCGCCCGCGACUCCAGGACAUGGCCGCAAGAAAUCAGCACCUUCGGAAAAGAUCACCUGCGCCCGGGAUUUGUUUCGCCUGGUCCUUCCACUUUUGUACAGCGAUCGCCAUUUGAUUCGAGAGUCCGUCGUAGCCUCUCUAGGAAGGAUCAAUGUUCAUCUUUACAAGGCUCUGUUGGAGGAUAUUCAGCCGCUGCUUUACUCUGUUCACGAUGAAUUCCGGUCAAAAAAUGGCGGCAGCAGCAUCAAACCACCCUAUCAAGGGAAACGCAACAAGAAGGUCGAUCGACUCCGAGCAGAGAUUGCUCACAUACUGGAUCUAACAGCACCCCUACUGAGGAGUCCGGCGUUAGUGCACGAUGAACACAUCACCUCAUGCUUGAAAGGCUAUGUCCGGGAGACCCUGAUUUUCCUCCUGGACUCUGAAGUGCAGCAUGAAUGGGAGUUUGUCAAGCUCCGGACGCAUUUUUGCGGGUUCGUGUGUCAUUUGUAUAACGGGAUCUCGCAGAUCGGGAACACAGAGGCCAUCAUGCCAUUUGAUCUCCGGCUGGCACUCUUCAGGCUGUUUGAGGACUGGUGUGGACACGGACCGAACAGUUUUAUCCGCGAUGGUGACCACAAGUCGUUCUGGUUCGGCUUAGAUCUCAACAACGAGGUUCAAAUGGCCGAGAAAUUUGAUCUCGAGCUAGCCGCCCUGCGUGCAAUGGCAUCUCUUUGUCAAGGGCCGAUUAACAAUCCAGCACCAAGCCAAAGGCCCGAUAGAUCGCGGACUUGUUUCAACAUCGAUGAGGUGUUUAGGUGGAUCGAAAGCGUCUUCCAGAGUCCGGAAGAGCGACUUCACGCGAUUGCACAGAAUGCGCUGGAGGCAUUGCUGAUCCAUAACCAGGACAGGGCAGAGCUCCUGGAAGAUGCGCUUCACCAAUGCUAUGCUGGGGACAUAUCGCAAAAGUUUAUUCAGGGCCAUUUCACAGCGUUGGUAGACAUCAUCCUGAGGGUCGAGUCUUAUCCUUGUCAAGUCAGCCAAAUGCUUAGUCUGGCCUUAUUCAAGUGCGGAGACUCCAAUAUCCAGAUUAGGACCCGGGCCAUCAAGCUACUAAAGGUUAUCGAGGAACGCUAUUUCCCCGAGACGUGUGCUGGUGAAUACGAGAUUGGUAUCAUCAACAAACUACCGACAAUCUACCGCCAAGCACAGUACGUGCUGUCUGCUCGACUCGCACAGGAUCGGCCUGAACAGACCUACUCGUUAUUAUCGGAGGCAAUGAUGAGGUUCGAUUUGGUCCACCCGGGCUGGCGCGGGGAGAUGCUGUACUACAUCGCACCAUGGUUAGAAAACGUUGAGCUGGUCGUGGACGGAGAUGAUGAGCUCAGUACGACUUCAUUCGUUGUCCUGACGAACUUGUUCUACCUGACGGUCAAGUAUGGCGACGACCAUGUCAAGGAGAUUGAGACACUCUGGGUGCAGCUCGUCGCCGGCGACAACUUUGCGAAUAUCCGGCCGGUCAUUGUGUUCUUGCUGGACCUUGGGCUCGAGAAGAGGAAUCCAGAGUUUGUGCACCCGGCUAAGAAGGUCAUUGUCUUCCUUGGGCGCACAUCGGCCUGCUCCCGAAUGGUCGAUAUCUUGAUCAAUGAGAUCUCCCCCAAGGCAAUGGUCCCGAAAUUGAAGCAGGAGCGCAACCACUUCGAGCCACCGUUCACGUCCGAAUUCUACCUGGCUAAUCUCGAUAGCCUCAUGAAUGGAAUGGAGAAGAGGCCUGCUUUCUCGCGAGGACAGCUGGCAACUGUUCUUCUUGUUGACCUUGCUGUCGAGGCAGGAGCGGAGCUGCGGCGGCACCUCCCUCUCCUGUUGCAGACACUCUUUGUGCAACUGGACCAUUACACGGCUUUGAUCUGUGAUCAGACAAGGUCCCUUCUCGUGCAUUUGAUUCACUCUAUUAUCAUUCGCGAGUCGAGAAGCCUCGAGAUUAUCGAUCAGUCGACCGACCUGGUCAAUUUUUUGAACACCAAGGAGGGCAAGCCAUUGUGGGCGUACGACGACAUUAUCUCGCUCAACAUGCGCGAGUCCCCCGAACUGGAAAACCUUGUCUAUCGUUCUGUCCAGGUCUUCCAAGCGUCUGAAGUCGAGAUCCGUCAGCAAUGGGGUGAGACGGCGCUCCAGUGGGCUACCGCUUGUCCUGUGCGGCAUAUCGCCUGUCGGUCUUUCCAAAUCUUUCGCGCUCUGGCACCGUGUUUCAACCAGCACAUGCUUGCAGAUAUGCUCGCUCGGUUAUCAAACACGAUUGCGGACAAGAGCCAAGAGAUCCAGGCAUUUGCGAUGGAGAUCCUGAUCUCUCUUCAGUCGAUCAUCGAGUCGUUUGAUGCGCCAAGGAUGAUGCAGUUUCCGCAAAUAUUCUGGGGCUCGAUUGCGUGUCUUUACACGGGCCACGACCAAGAGUACUUUGAAGGACUCAAGGUUCUGGAGAUUGUGACAACUCGACUGGAUUUGAUGGAUCCGCCUACGCUCGAGUUCCUCCUCUCUUACUUUCCUGAUCAAUGGGAUAGUGCGUUUAUGGGAAUCCAGCCUUUGCUACUGAAGGGGCUCCGAUCAACCUUGACGCAGCAGAUCUCGCUGCGACUGUUAAGGCGCCUGCUGUUUGUCUCUGAGAACGCGCUCAUUGAUCCGUCGGAAAACCGAGUCGUAUUCCUGUUCCUUGGCCUGUUACCGUUACUGGCUGAAGGUCUCGAGACAAAGGACAUUAAUGAGGAAUGUCUGCAGUGGGCCCAGGAUAUCGGUACGAUUGCUGAGCGUGAUGGAUACGCAAACAUCGCGCACCUGCUGGCAGUCUAUGCCAAGCAACGCUUCCGAUCCAAGGAAGACUUUUGGCGGCAGGUAGCGGUCCUGAUGCGCGAGAUCUUUAUUCCGGAGCUCCAGGCAGAGAUAAUUCUGUUCUUUAUGAGGCUGCUUUAUAACAGCAACUCUAUAUUCAAGCACAAGGCGCUUAAGUGUCUAAAGCUGCUUCUGCCCCUUGUGGACACGAGCCGUGUCGAGUUUCUGGAGAUUGGACCAGAGUUGGUGAUGCCGUUGCUUCGUCUUUUGCUCCAUGCUGAGUAUGCGACUGAGGCGCUCGAGGUCCUGGACACGGCAAUGAAUCUGUCGGAGCAGUCCGCUGAGGUCUUCAAGAUCAGGGUACCUCUCGAUGCCCAAAGCCCUGGUCCUGGCCUGAACUUUGAGGAUAUGACCAAGGGUAUCCUCGGCGGUGGAACGGGUCUGGAGAGGCGAUCCAUGGUCGAAAACUGGUCGGAACCACGCCGGGAGCAGUUUUGGCAGAUGACAAGGGCGAAUGUGAAUGCUGUUGUCUUUACUUGCACUGGAACAGGUUAUUGGGGCGGCAAUGUCGAGCUGUUGGCGGAGCACGACAUGAACUAUGGGUAUGGGGCGGACCAACAUAUGGACUUUGUGGACCACGAUGGCAUGCAUAUUGGGCUGGACGCGAACCCAUAUGGAGCGGCCUAUGACAUGAACCCCAACGACAGUCUUAAUCGCAGCCAGGUUCAGUAUGGACACUUGGUCUCUGCUCUGGACGACCUAACAGAGCAUUUUGCGGAAAGCGCACGGGUUGGCGAUGCUAGGAAACGCGAGAGCAUGGCAUAUGGGCCCCCCUCAUACGGCGACUCAAGCCAUCAAACCCACUGGAACUACCGGCACAGUCUCCUGGCAUCCGAUCCCGCCCUGAACUUGGAAUCAGCCGGUCGUGAUGGUGCACCGACGUUUCAUUCGCUUAAUGCAACUGGGGAGGGCCUGGGCCUGAGCUCAGGACCUGGAUUCGCCCGUGGACACCAACGUCAUUCUCGCCAUGGUAGCAAAGGCAGUCGGGACGAGUUUGGGUCGUUUUACUCACCUCACCACGACCGCAUUGUAGAGGACGAAGAAGAGGAAUCGACACUGAUGGCAGCAGAGAUUUUGAACAAGAGCCUUUCUAUUAAUCGAUCGUAUUCCUCGAUCCGAUCCUCAUUCAUGAUGGAUCCCUCGUCGUUCAUCAACAUUGCAGAUAACAUUGCAAACAACAGUAAUAGCACACAGGAAGAGGGUAGUGUUGGAUCGAAGGGAGAGACUGGAUCGAGUUCUGGGCUUGGAUCUCCAGUAUCCGGUCUGGCAGCCAUAUCUACAACUGUCGCAAGGGACCCUAGUGGUCGAAUGAGACUGUAUGCUCCUGGGCAUGGCCAUCACACUCACCGGUCCUCGUCUGGUUCUGGUUCUGGAGGAGCCAGUACUACGAUCGGCAAUCUUGGUGGAACAAGUCUUGCGCUGAGUAUGAGUGGUCAGAGUCACCGCACAGGAAGCAGCAACGCAGGUAGCAAUUCGAGCUCAAUUGUCAAUCCAGGAGGAGGCAGCGCGUGGGGUGGAGCGGGUCAGGUCAGCAACGGUAGCAGAAUUAAUGGGCAUCGGACGCGUGCGAGUUGUGACGACCUAUCAUUGUCUUCGUCCGAUGAUGACGAUGACGAUGACGAGGACUCGACGGAUAGUGGCGAUGAGGAUUGUAAUGGACAACCGCAGUAUUCGCAGUAUUCGCAGCAGCACCAGCACCAGCACUCGUCUGGUCGAUACAAUGCCAGACGCCCCCGUACCCGAGAAAACAGUUUUGCAAGCAAUCCCAGACCGAGUAUGGACAGCACCUCCCUGAGUCCAUCUGGCGGAGGAGGUGAAGGCAUGGUUGUUGGUUCACCACAGCGGGCGGCAAGUGGACAGCAAUCACAGCCUGAUUCGUGGGCGGGGUCUCAGUCUGAGUCAAGAGCAGAGUCUCGAGUGGGAUCAAUUCCUGGGUCACCAUCGCCGAAGCGAGCAAUGGACCGAAUGACGUCGCGACUGAUAGGGGUGGGAAACCAGGGCGAAGCCGUCGGCGGUGUGUCUAACGUGUACCUGUCACAGAAGUAAGGUAGCAUGGUGCCCAUUGUAGUAAAUAGUCUAUCAUA